UAUAUCAUUUCAUAUCUUUCAGCAAGUUGAAGUUGAUGGACAACAAUGCAUGCUCGAGAUCUUGGAUACAGCAGGCACAGAACAAUUUACAGCAAUGAGAGAUUUGUACAUGAAGAAUGGGCAGGGUUUUGUUCUUGUGUAUUCCAUCACAGCACAAUCUACCUUUAAUGAUCUACAUGAUUUACGAGAGCAGAUUCUACGUGUCAAAGACACAGAUAAUGUUCCCAUGGUACUUGUAGGAAACAAAUGUGAUUUAGAAGAUGAGAGAGUAGUAGGAAAGGAUCAGGGAGCCAGCUUAGCAAGGCAAUUCAAUGGAUGUACAUUCUUGGAGACCUCAGCUAAAGCCAAGGUCAAUGUUAAUGACCUCUUCUAUGACCUAGUCAGACAGAUCAAUCGACUAACACCAGAAUCACGGAAGAAACCAGGAAAAGGAGGAAAGGGUGACAGAAAGAAAUGCAUAAUUGUGUAAUAAAUGGCUGUUUGGGAUGAAAAAAAAUAUUUGUUUGAUGGAAUGAAACGGGGUGAAAAGAGGAUUUUGUAAGAGCUUUAAACAAUCCAUCGGGUUUGUGACUGACAAAUUCUGUGCAGCUUUAAUAGAGAAUGACUCUGAACAUGCUUUGUAACACUUUCAUCAUAUUGGUAGCCCUUGUGGUGAUUUGUGCUCUCUCCAUAGAGGUGAUAUUAUUCAAAUCUUCUGCAUGAAAAUAGAGGAAAUCUUGACAAUGAACAAGGAUUUUUUACGUUUUCUAGCCAUUAGAUAACAUUUAUCCACUCAGCAAUGCUUGUUUGUUAUAGCACUGUACUAUACUUGAAAACUCAGAAACAUCUAAAAACAUAUCAUUGUUCUUAUAGAUGCAAGAGUUUACAUGAAAGCUGCAUUUCUUUAUUAAUAUCCCUUGACUUGAUUAAUAGAGGAACAAAUAUUCCACAUACUUAUAAUAUAAGCCUUGAAGACUGGUAAAAAUCAGUAUAAGAAGAAUGUUUGGGAAAGAUUGGUUCAAGUUGAAAAAGGAGAAAGUGGAUGGAACUGACAAACAAAAGUUGCAAAGAUUGUCUGUAUUGAGUGUUGGGGUCUUCUAUAUGGGACCAGUAUUACUGGGAUCAUUUUUGUACAUUCAGAAAAAAAAGCAAAAGCCUUCAACUCUGCUUUGUUUUGUAUUGUUCAACUGUACAAAUUUUGGUACAUGUAAUUGACUAUAACAUAGGACAGUAUAUGUAUCACUUGUUAACUACAUUUUAGAUUACAUUGUUGCACCCUAGUCCCAAAUUAUACAUUUAAUAAAACUAUGUCUUUUGUUCAGCCUCGUUUGUAAUGCCUCAUUCAGAUUUCAUGUAAAAAAAUUGGCAGCAGCAAAACCUUGUUAGAUAACAAUGCAGGGUGUGAAGGGGCACAGAAGAAAACACUCAAUAAUCAUCUCAAAUGUACAUCACACUGAUCUUAUCAUCUUUAAAUCAUUUGCAUUUUCAUGUCUGAAUUAGACUUUAUAUUUGAAGCUGGUCAAGAGGAAUAGUUGCAAGAAGUUACUUGUAAUAAAGUCAGUCAUUUCUGAGGACCUCACAUUGGUCAAUUCCAAUUAGUUAGUCUGGGACUGUAUAUCAACUUGCGAUGAUCAACCCUAUGUUGUUGCUAUGUAUGCACAUUGUUUGAUAUUGUAACAUCAAUUGCAUCAUCAGAUUAUCUGAUGGUCUUUGGUGAUAUGCAAUUAAUGUAGUGUACUGGUAGGAGAAUUUUAGAUCUACCUGUAUAUUUUGAUAUCUUUGAGUAGAAAAGUCAGUUCUCCCAUGUCAUUCCCCUUACUAGUCCAUACCAUUCUUAUUCAUCCAGUACCCUUAUUAAAAUUACCACUUUGUUUUCUCCAUUUCUUCAUAUAACAUUUUUUUAGAAUGAGGGGAAAGGGCAUACUUAUUCAUAAUUUGUAUAAUUGAGAUGAGAUAUAUUCAUCUCACAAUCAGUUUUUCAUAUACACUACAAUAUCGCACUCCUGACACUUGGUACAGUAUUGUUGCAUUGUACUGAUAGUGUGACAUUAGAGGACAAUAAAGUCUGUUUUAUCUGACAAUUACCAUCGUAAUAGUUAGACAUCUGUGCUUUUCAGCCAAUCAAAAUCAAAGAAAGUCAUCAGACUUGAUAAAUGUUGAUAACACUUUCCUGGUGGUGUAUUACCAAAUAGCUUUUUAGCUUAGGAAUGAGAACAAUGUUUAAUUAAGUUAUACUUAUAUCCCUGCCAUUCAGGAUAUAUAGCAUAAAUUCUUUUGAGAGUAAAAAAAAAAAAGAAUAUUGUUUCAUAAGUAUGUUCAAAUAGUAAUCCUAGUUCAGUACUGGGCAGCUGAAACAAAUGAUAUCAAAAAUAUGAUUGACAUUUUUAAAACAGAUUGUUAAAUGAACUCCCUUUAUUAAUGUACCUAUGUUUGUUUGUAUGUCUGCAUGCUCUUCCAAUUAAUAUUAAAUAUGUCUCAGUGAGUAUUGCAUUAUUUAAAUUGCUAUAGGUCUUAUUUAUCUCGAAAUGUUAUAUAUGUAUACUUUGUCAUCAUCUUAAUAAUUAUUCAUUGAUAUCUUUACUCUUUUUUUUUUUACUUUAUGUUGUAGACAAGAAAAAUAAGCAUUGAGUAUUUUGUUAUCUAUGACUAGAUUUGUUAACAUAAGUUAUAGGUAGAAAUUCAUUGUAAACGACAAUAGGUCAUAUGCACAGUUUGUAUUUUUUAACCAAAAUUUCAAUACCCUUCUCAACAUUACAAACAAAGUUUGAUCGUAAACAAAGAGAGUAAGAGAAAAAGAAUUUGUCAGAUCAUUUUAAGAUUCAAAGCAAAUCUCUAAUACAAAUUCAAACAGAAAGUGUUUUUAAAUCAAAUUUUACAUUGGAAAAUGACAGCAAUAUUGCCUUACAUUAACAAAGGAGCUUUGAAAGAAAUUUAUAAAAGAAUAAAUCUAUGAUGUUGAGCUUGCCAAUAAAUAUAUGAAAUGAUUGUAUAAUAACUCUACUUGUUUCAUUUUGUACUAUUAUUCAUUUGGGUUACCAUAUUGAAUUUUGGAGUAGGAAAAUCAGGCAAAUACUUGCAAUGCAGUGAUUUGUAACUUUUGUCAUUUGAUAUGUUUGAUUUUAUCAUUGAUGUAAUCAUCAUUGCCAAGUGUCAAACAACACAGUAGACUGAUGAUGGUAGAUACAGCAGAAUGUUGUAAGAAAAAUGAAAUCAACAUAUUAUUAGGAAAGAUUGAUUUGUUUUGAUGAAUAUUGUUUACAUGCAUGUACACUUUGAUAUAAAUGAAUGGAAUUUAAAUGCAUGCAUGUGUAUUUAGGUUUGAUUUUUUUCUUGUAAAUAAUGGAGAGGUCUAAGGGUUCAUUUGCAAAACCAGAUCUGUCCAUUGUGGCAGCUUUAGUCUUUAAAGGUUGUAGAUUCUUUUUUUUUUUGUUCUCUCUCUCUCUCUCUCUCUGUAAUCCUUUCGACAUGAUUGUUGCAUAUUUUCUAUCUGGUAUCCCAUUUCCAUAGUAAUGUAUGAUCACAAUUGAUUCAUGGCCACUUCUCUUAGAACACCAAUAACCAGGGUUUUUCAAUGUUAAUUGAUGAAUAAAAAAACAGUUUUGAUUUAAUUAAGAUUAAAGAUUCAAACUGGAGCUUAAACUAGGAGGUUAUCAGACAAGAUUGAUAUGAUCACAGAUUUAUGACAAAUGUAUUGAUGCAUGAUUGAUCAGUAUUGAGAGAGCGCAUAUAAAGGCUAACUGAAUCUUUCAUGCUCAGUUGUCAAAAUUACAUAAAAGAAAAAAAAAUUCUUAUCUAUUUUACAUGUAUACUAGAACUAAGAAUUGCCUUGCAUUGAAAUUAAACAUUUUAUAAAUAACUCUUCUAUUUUAUUGAAUUUUAAUUUCUUUAUUUAACAACUUUUAUCAGUAGGACAGGUAUUAAACUUCUGUGUUCAUCAUUUAGAAGGCUUUUCUAGCAUUUGUAUGUUUGUAAAUGUGAUGCCAUUAAAAUGAUUUUUAUGUUGGAUGUCUGGGCUUGCAUUGUGAGGAAGCCUUAAUCAAUAAAUAUGCUUUACUGUACAGUAUACAAA